AAACAAACACCGAAACCAUGCUGGUCUGAAGGAACCGGGUUCAUGCGUACCGGCACGAUGGGAUUGUGAGACCUUGAUUCUUGGUAUAUUGCAAUACACGCUGUCGCUCUACAAAGCCAUUGUCUAGCAUAUUGCCACAACACGCUGAAUGCCAUGAGAUUCGUACUGGCGGGCUGUCUAACAGCUUUUCUCGCCACAACCACGGCUCAGAAUGAGAAGAAUGACCUCAAAAUAUGUCCAAUCAAAGGCCAGCAAUUCCCGUUUCCAACAAGAUUGUCAGAAGAAACAGCCUUCAAGAAUGCCACCAAGAUCAUAGAAGACCACUUCAAAGCCAAUUUAACCACGUCACCAUACAACGAGACCACUUUCUCCCUAGGACUUUUUAGCGUGGAUGAGAGCAAGCUCAUAUUCGAAUAUUCGCAUACGGACGAAGCAGUGCGGAAUAGUACGCAAGGAACUCGUUCAGCAAAUUCAGACUCCAUUUACCGGAUCGCCAGCAUCUCGAAAGUUCUCACCGUAUAUCUGUGGAUGAUCAAAGCAGGAGACAGAAGAUGGAAUGAUCCGAUCACCGAAUAUAUUCCAGAGCUCGCGCAGCUUGAUCGGUCGCAGUAUGACUAUGCUGUUCCAGAGUGGGAUGAAAUCACACUCGGUGAUCUAGCGAGCUAUCUUGCGGGAGCUUCGAGAGAGUACGGCCUCAACGAUCUUGCCCCUCAAGGCUAUUUGACCGAUGCUUUCAAAGCCACCGUACAAGACUUACCUCAUGUUGUGGCACAAAAGGACGUGCCUACCUGCGGCUACCUCACAGUUAAUGUCAGCUACGUUACUUGCAACCAAAGACAGUCGAUCACUGGCAUUGGCGAGCUAGCGGCCAGCUUUCCGCCAGGAUACACCCCAUUGUACAGCAAUGCCAACUUUGCAUUAUUGGGUGCUGCUUUGGCAAACUUUGCCGAUGAGGAUUUCGAGAAGGUAUUCCAUGAUAGCCUGAUAAGGCCUCUUGGGUUGACUGGAACUACAUCGGGACGGCCAACGAACAUUACUGCGAGAUCAAUCGUGCCCCUUGGUGAUGCGCAGAAGAGUAGUUGGGACAACGAUCUUGGUCCACAGGAUCCUGCGGCUGGAGCUUUUUCGACAGUCAAUGAUCUGGCCGCGAUUGGUAGAGCCAUUCUGAACAGCACCCUCACGACAAAGGCGGCGACUAGACGCUGGUUUUCGACCAUGACCUUUGUUGAGAUCAUCGAUCAGGCUGCAGGUCGGCCAUGGGAGAUCUUCCGAAGAAAGGUCAACGGGCACCCCGUCGAAGUGUAUACCAAGAGUGGCUACUGGGGGGCUCACAGAUCUGUAUUCGCUGUCGUGCCAGCAUAUAACUUUGGGUUUGCAGUAUUGACUGCUUCGCUUGUGGGCCGUGGUGAAGUGCAAGAUGACAUCCCUAACGUGGUCAUAAACGCAAUGCUGCCAGCACUGGAGGAGAUCAGCCGUCAGCAAGCACAUCGGAACUUUGCCGGCCAAUACACGCUUAAUGACAACAGCAAUACUUCGAUCACGGUUACGACAGACGAUUUGCCUGGCUUGAGGGUGACCGAAUACAUCAUCAACGGCUUCGAUCUGCUCCAUACCGUCUUUGGAAGCUUCGGCACCACUAUUGAUUUUCGCCUCAUACCCAAUCACUUGUACGGCGGAAACAAGACUGGGUUCACAGGAGUGUAUCAGCCACCGCAGAAACAAUUGCCUGACGGAACGUGGUACUGGCCUUGCCAGACGUGGCUCGACAUUGACGACUUUACGUAUGGCAAUGUGCCUCUAGGAGGCCUUGUGUUUGAGGUCGAUGAGAGAGGGAACGCGUGCAACGUGGAACUUAAAGCUUUGAAGCAGAAGCUCGAGAGGAAACAGGUAUGAGGUCCUUUGGCUGUGGCCUGGCUCCAGUCUGACGCUGUGAAGCUGUACUUCCUUCAAGACUACUGUGGUCACAGGUAACCGUGGUUGCCUCUGGAUGUCACUGCCUCUGAGUGCAACCGCAGGUCGCUAAGCCAAUAAGCAAAGCUUUCAAAGGAUUGAGAGCCAACAUGGUUAGGCGCUUACACUCAGAGUUAGCUGCAUUCAGAGGUAUCUGCGGUUAGGGGCCAUGGGGCCUCAGAGAAAGCAAGGCGGUUCGUGUGGAGCGGAGGACUGGGAUGGGGUCGAGCGGAUUUGGAUGUGCAUGACACGUUGGGCAUUUAUUGAGUAUCUUAGAGCCGAUUCAUCCGUCCCGUAUAUGUCAACGACC